AUGGGUCAGGUACAUGCGCUCCCUACGAACGUGAGUCAGGUGCACGCACUCCCCACUAACAUGGGGCAGAUGCACGCACUUCCCACGAACAUAGGGCAAAUGCACGCACUCCCCGCGAACAUGGGGCAGAUGCAUGCACUCCCUACGAACAUGGGGCAGAUGCAAGCAGUCCCUACGAACAUGGGGCAGAUGCACGCACUGCCCUCCAACCUGGGGCAGGUGCACGCUCUUCCUACCAGCCUGGGGCAGAUGCAGGCGGCGCACCAGGCCAGCAUUGCGGCGCAGCAGCAAGCCUCCCUGCGCGCCGCGCCGCUGUGCCAGCACCACGCGCGACACAAGCACUACCGCGCGACCUAG